CAUUUUCUUUGAGGACAUUUUAGGCACUUUCUCCCAUUAUUUAAGAAGGUAUCUAAGUGAUCAUCCAAAGAACAACCUCUACUGACCAUUUAGCAAAGUAAAAUGGCUACCAAACAUCUUUUUUUCUUUGCUAUUCUCUUGUUUUCAGCUGCCUCUGUUUUUGCAGAGGAAAAUCCUAGCCUUGUAAUGGACUAUUACAAGGACACUUGCCCUCAAGCUGAAGAAAUCAUCAAAGAACAAGUCAAACUUCUCUACAAACGCCACAAGAAUACUGCAUUUUCUUGGCUAAGAAACAUAUUCCAUGACUGCUUUGUUGAGUCAUGUGAUGCUUCCUUGUUGCUGGACUCAACAAGGAGGAUGCUGUCUGAGAAAGAGACAGACAGGAGUUUUGGUAUGAGAAAUUUCAGAUACAUUGAGACUAUUAAAGAAGCUGUAGAAAGGGAGUGCCCUGGUGUUGUUUCUUGUGCUGAUAUUCUUGUGUUGUCUGGUAGAGAUGGUAUUGUUGCUCUAGGAGGGCCACACAUUCCUCUCAAAACUGGAAGAAGAGAUGGAAGAAAAAGCAGAGCAGACAUUCUUGAACAGCACCUCCCAGAUCACAAUGAAAGCAUGAGUGUUGUUCUUGAAAGAUUUGCUAACAUUGGAAUCAACACCCCUGGAGUUGUUGCCUUGCUAGGGUCACACAGUGUGGGUCGAACACACUGUGUGAAGUUGGUACACCGUUUAUAUCCAGAAGUAGACCCUCAAUUGAACCCAGAGCAUGUACCACACAUGCUCAAGAAGUGUCCUGAUCCAAUUCCAGACCCAAAGGCUGUGCAAUAUGUGAGAAAUGACAGAGGCACGCCCAUGGUUCUAGACAACAACUACUACAGGAACAUAUUGGACAAUAAGGGGUUAAUGUUAGUUGAUCAUCAACUAGCAAUGGACAAGAGGACUAAGCCAUAUGUAAAGAAAAUGGCAAAAAGCCAAAAUUAUUUCUUCAAGGAAUUUGCAAGAGCCAUCACUAUUCUUUCUGAGAAUAAUCCACUUACUGGGACAAAAGGUGAGAUCAGAAAGCAGUGUAAUCUUGCCAACAAGCUCCACUAAAACAAUCCUGCUUUUUCUUAUGUGCUUGUACUCAUUAUCACUUUUCCCCCCCUUCCUUUGUGUAUUUAUAUGCGAGGGAACAGUGAAAAAUGAUAGUAGGAAUAAGAUGGUUUUAGUUUCUUGGUGUUGUAAGUUUGUGUAGUGGACAUGACCAUGUUCAUUACAUUCCAUGUACUGUUUGUAAAAUUUCACUAUUUUAGCUACCCUCUUAAGUUAUGAAACAAGUGUUAAUUUGUUGCUA